GUUGUUUGUGAAAUGUCUCUGCAGGGAAUCAGUUUAUGUGUACGGACGUCACGGUGGCAGACAUCGUGAUGGUGAUCGAUGACUCGUGGAGAAUCGGACGAUUAAACUUCAAAGCAAUCUGCAAAUUUCUGGAAAAAGUGGUCAAUGCCUUUGAUGUUGGAAUUGAUAAAGUCCGAAUAGGUCUGGUCAAGUAUAGUGGAGAUCCCAAGAUUGAGUGGCAUCUAAAUUCCUACACAACUAAAGAUGAAGUGAUUACUUCCCUCAGGAAUCUGCCGUUUAAAGGAGGAGCCACGAUGACCGGUCGAGCCCUAACCUUCUUUCGGGAGAAUAGCUUCAGACUACAAUCCGGCUCUCGAGGAAACGUUUCAAAAAUUGCUAUUCUUGUCACUAAAGGAAAAUCUCAAGAUGAAAUGGCUGUUCCAGCACAGAGUCUGAGAGAUGCUGGAGUGGAACUCUUCGUCAUCGGAGUAGCGUAUAUAAAUGAAACAGAACUAAAGUUGAUCGCCUCUAAACCUGAUGAAACUCACGUCUACAACGUUCCGGAUAUCAGCUUCUUAAACGAUAUCCUGGAUGGACUGACCAGCAAUGUGUGUGAUGCAAUAAAGCGGCAGGAGGAAGAGAUCAGAAGAGUAAAGAAUGCAGAUGAAGAACUAAAGGUCAUCACCUCUAAACCUGAUGAAACACACGUCUACAACAUUACGGAUUUCAGCACCAUAAACACUGUCACGGAAGGACAGACUUGCAAUGUGAUUGAUACAGUGAAGCAACAGGAGGAAAAGAUCAGACCCCUGGAGCAGAUGAGGAUCUUCUGUUUGAAGAAUGCAGAUGCAGAAGAACCCUGAAUGGAAUUACACAGGAAAAAAACUCAAACACUCCUUUUACUGACUGCUUUACAACUUUCUACUAAUAUUUUAAAAGGAUAUAAUCUGUGAUAUGUAAUCUUUUUUAGCACUGUCACAAUAACACAAGUUUAGAGGUGUUUAUGUUCUUCAGAAACUUUGGGUAAAAUUGUUUUGAAGGUUGAGAUUGUAGACAACCAAGCAAUUACAUAUUAAUUGUUAAUUGUGCACUGCUGACAUAGUCACAAUGAUAGAUAAUAUAUUAUUAUGAUCUAUAUUUCCACUCAUCUAAAUCAAACAACAAGUUAAUUGUUUCUUGACCAAUCAUAAGUGUAAUAAUGCUAUUGAUUUUACUACUGCAAAUUAGAGUAUUAAAGUAUGUAUUUAGAUUCAUUCUGAUUCUGUACAAUUUGCUUUGAUCAAGUCUGUGUUUUUUCUAUUUUACCAUACGUUUGAACUUUAUUUUAUGUCUUCUUAUAUCUGUAAUGCUGAAACAUUUAAGUAAAAAAUGUCUAUUGUUCAAAA